AUGAAGCGGAAAGAGUUCAGCAGCAAGGCGCAGUUCUUCUACGGCUUCAUCCGCUUCUUCAUCCCGAGGGGGCUGCUGCAGAUGAACGGCCCUGACUGGAAGGUGCACCGCCUCGCGCUGGAGCCCGCCAUCGCUAGGGACGCCGUCGAGCCCCACUUCCACGUGUUCUCCGAGGCGGCAGACAACUUCUCCGAGAACUUGCCCCGCCACGCAUUCGACGUGCACAAGGCCCUGGCCCUGCCGCUGGUGCGGGUCUUCAUGCGCGUCGCCAUACUGCCCGACGAGCUGGGCCCGGCCGACGAGCAGCGCCUGCGCGACGCGGCGCACCUGCUGGACAAUAUGCUGGAGGCCGUCAACACGCGCAGCUUCCUGCCCUGGCUGUGGCCUGACUGCGUCUUCAGUAGGACCAGCAUGGGCCGAAGCCUGCGCCGCCAGCUCAGCGACCUGCGCGAGUUCGUGGACGCCACCAUCGUGCAGCGCCGCCUGCAGGCAGGGAUCCUUAACAUUUGA